UGAUUACGUAGCGGGCGGGGCCGGAAGUGCCGCUCCCUGGUGGGGGCUGUUCAUGGCGGUUCCGGGGUCUCCAACAUUUUUCCCGGUUGUAGUCCUAAAUCCGUCCGAAGCGGAGGCAGCGGAGCUUGAGGUUCUUGCUGGUGUGAGAUGACUGAGUACAAACUGGUGGUGGUUGGAGCAGGUGGUGUUGGGAAAAGCGCGCUGACGAUCCAGCUAAUCCAGAACCACUUUGUAGAUGAAUAUGAUCCCACCAUAGAGGAUUCUUAUCGAAAACAGGUGGUUAUAGAUGGUGAAACCUGUCUGUUGGACAUACUGGAUACAGCUGGACAAGAGGAGUACAGUGCCAUGAGAGACCAAUACAUGAGGACAGGCGAAGGCUUCCUCUGUGUAUUUGCUAUCAAUAAUAGCAAGUCAUUUGCAGAUAUUAAUCUCUACAGGGAGCAGAUUAAGCGAGUAAAAGACUCAGAUGAUGUACCUAUGGUGCUUGUAGGAAAUAAGUGUGAUUUACCAACAAGAACAGUUGAUACAAAACAAGCCCACGAACUGGCCAAGAGUUAUGGGAUUCCAUUCAUUGAAACUUCAGCCAAGACCAGACAGGGUGUGGAAGAUGCCUUUUACACACUGGUAAGAGAAAUUCGCCAGUACCGAAUGAAAAAACUCAACAGCAGUGAUGAUGGGACUCAAGGUUGUAUGGGGUUGCCAUGUGUGGUAAUGUAAUAAGAUACAAAGUUCUGUCAUCAGAAAAGAGCCACUUUCAAGCUGCACUGACACCCUGGUCCUGACUUCCUGGAGGAGAAGUAUUCCUGUUGCUAUCUUCAGUCUCACAGAGAAGCUUCUGCUACUUCCCCAACUCUCAGUAGAUAGUACAGUAUUCUCUAUUUGAGAAGUUUGCAGAAUAACUACCUCCUCGCUCGGUUGUCUGACCAGAGAAAUGCACCUCUUAGUACUCCCCAGUAUUUUUCCACUCUUGGUUCUUCCCAGUACAUAGAAACACGCCUCUGCCACCCCAGGUUUUUCAUCUGAAAAGUAAUUCAUGCUCUGAAACAGAGAACCAAACUGUAGACAUGAAGUUCUGUUAAAAACAGUGUCUUGAGCUCUAAAGUAGUAACUGCUGGUGAUUUUUUUUUUUUUUUUUAAACUAUUGAACUUGGAACUAUAUUAGUUUUUGGAGAAAUGUCAUAAAUUACUGUUUUGCUGAGAAUAUAGUUAAUAUUGCUGUUUGGUUUGUUUGUAAUGUUACCGGCCUAUGGUCUAUAAAUUGGCAUCUGCUCUGAAUUCAUAAAUACUAAAGUGAAUACUGACUUUUGAGUCGAUCCUAGUCUUCUCAACUUUUCCUGUAAUUAAAUCCAAUUUUCACAACAAAGUGCCUUUUUUCUAGAAGUGGUUUGUAGACUUUCUUUACAUAUUCUUUAGUGGAAUAGAUGUCUCAAAAAAACAUUAUACAUGAAAAUGAAUGUCUUGAGAUAGUGUAUGAUUUAUCUACUUUGAGGGAAGAACAUACCUAUAUGAUAGCAGAUGCCAUCUCAUCCAUGUAUGACGUUGGUUUUCCAGAAGUCUAUUUUGGGGAUCUCCCAGAGAAAGUUGAAACUGGAAACAAUUAUGAGUAAUUCCACUUAAUUUUUACCUAAUCUCCACUUUUUUGUUUUUGGUAGGUUACUACCUAUAAAAUACAUGCAAUGUGUUUCUUCUAGAUUACUGAUAAUCUAAUAAUGUUCAAUGAACUUCCAUUACUAUUCAAAUUUGGCUCGUAUCAGAAAGUUCUACAUUUGCAGGUGUUUAAAUGUUAUAAAGCUUUGGUUGCUGUAUUAUUUAAUAGCUGUGAUCAGCAGUGUUCAAACCUCAAUGUAGUAUAUUAACAGACAAAUUACAUUUUCACUGCAUAUUAUGGUAUCUUAAUGAUGUAUGUGAUUAUCCUCAAUCUGCUUCUCAACCCACUCUGCCCAUCCCCCACAGUAAUAGGGGCUUUAUUAAUUAUUUCAUUUGAGUAAAGCAUGGUGCUAAUAGAUUAGGAUCACAGUUCUAAAACUUGAAUGAGCCAGUUGGCAUCAUGGAAGUAGAAAUUCUGCCACAUUUGCUCAUUGCACCAGUAGGUUUGCUGGAUGCCUGCAGUUAGCCCUGCAAGGAAAGAAGAGGUCCGUUAGCACAAAUUCUUUACCUGACUAGAAAAUCUUGGUAACCUUGGGUCACUGAGAAGUCUUUAUGAAUAAAGUUUUCAAUGUGGAAACUCUAAGCUGUUUUUUUUUGUUGUUGUUGUUUUUUUUUUUUAACUUGAGAUUAGGAUGUCUUGGAUCAAAAGUUUUUUUUUUUAUUUUUAUUCAUAAUAAUUAUUUGAAGGUUUUACGACAAUGUUAAGUUAGUCUGUGUAUACCACAUAACAAAAGCUGAUGAGUUUGUUCAAAACAAGUAGUAGCCAUUAGAUGGAAAUUGCUGUUUGAGACAGGAAUGGAAAAUGUAACUGAUAAGAGGAUUUGGAGGCUUGGCAUCUCCAUUUACAAAUAAUACCCUGGUAAUGCUAAUGAAAAAUAGAGUUGAGUUUCUUUUUGAUAAUAGACCAAUUCUAAAAUGACCACUUUCUGUUCUGGUCUUCUAAUAUCUAAAUACUUACUGAGCUCUUUUAUCUUUUAAUAUGAAUUUUCAUUUAUUAAACUCCAUAUUACCUUGAAUGAAUUCAGAAGAAGAGGAAAAAGUAUGCACUGUGCCAAGUGUAAUAAACCGAGUCGUCCUCCUUUGUGCCAAUUGUGCAUGCUUUGCUGAUACUACCAUCAUCUAUAAAUGGAAACUCUCUGCUUCUUUGUUUUGCUCCUUUUGGAGCUCCCUGUAGUUUCCCUGAGACGAGACCGGGAUUUGUCAUCUCAGUCCUGCUCUUUUUUCUUUUUUUUUUUUUUUUUUAAGUGUCUAUGUAACUGGCAGUGUAACUCUUUUUCUAAAAAUGUCUAUUAAAUUUAAUGUCAAAUUAGAAAGAUUCUCCCCCAUCUUGGGCUCUUGUGCCCAUCACCCUGAUAGAUGUGUACUUUACAGUUUUCUCAAGUAUAUUCUAAGCACAGAAGUAUCUCAGUGGGGCCCCAAUUUAAACUCAAAAAUGUCUUUUUAAUAGUUUCUGAAGUUACACUUAGGUAUGAAUUUUGGCGCAGUAGUGCUACAACCUUAUAGAUAAAAGCUGAAUAACAUCAGUUUGUGUGGUAUGAAAGGUGGUUUUUAGAAUCUGUUUGUGAUUGCUGAAAAUAAUUCUAAUUUACCUCAAAAUAUGAAAAUCUCUUUCCCCAAGUUAAGUGCCUGACCAGCUGUCAUAAAUUAUAUACCCCUUUCUGUGUUUUUUUUUUUAAGGUUACACAUUCAAGAGUGUAAAAGUUAGGAUGUUCUGUGUAAAGGCUAGCAUGCCUAAUCUGUAAAUCUGUUAAAUGCUGUUUGCUCCAGCAGGUUACUGUAGAAUAUUUCUUGGUAAUAUCCUAUCAUACUUAUUGCAGUUUUUACAUUAGCAGUGUAAUAAGUAAAAUUAAUCUCAGUUUUAUUUUAGCAAGCCCCAUGUUUAGUUUUUCAUCAUCCUUUAAACUGCUGUGAAUUUUUUGUCAUGACUUGAAAGCAAAGAUAGACAAGACACUUUAAAGAAGUAUUUUCCCCAUUCCAGAAUUUGUGAGCUUCUUCUUAUUUUGUUUCGUUAUUUUCAGUCAUGAACUCUUAAGCUGGCAGCUACAACCAAGAACCAAAAAAUGGUGCAUUCUACUUCUUGUAUUUCAUCUCUGCUAAGAAAUUAUAAGGAUACUUAACUAGGGCAAAUAUUUUAUUUGAAUGGACAGAAGACUAUAAUUCUUGUACAUUAUUUGUCAUCUUUGCUGUUUCUUUAAGCAAUCUAAUAUGCCACAAAAUUAUUUUAAGGUAUUUGUUUUGGUAAGAAUUGGUAAAAAGUAUGCUCAUUAUCAGAGUAACUGUAGAUGUAUUUCACAAUAAAACUGGUGAUUUUUAAAAGCAUGAAUACUGAUUUGAGAAACAAUUGUAUAAACUACUUGGAGGGGAGAAGGGUGUCCAUGGAAAUUGUAUGACUUUUAUAUCUCUGUGCCAUCAAAUGUAGUAAUAAAUACCAAUUGUGCAGUUCUGCUGUUUAAACGGGAACUAUUGGCCUCCUUGGCCCUAAAUGAAAGGGCUGGUAUUAUAAGUUGAUUAUUUUACUAAUUUUUAAAAAUUUGGUUGAUGAAUGUUUUUCUUUUAAAUAAUGUUUUAAGAAAAUAAAAACUGGAAGUUCUUGA